UAUAUUCAUAUAACGCUACAAUUUGAUGGUAAAAUCAGAAGUAAAAUAAAAGGCAGUCCAAUAAACCCUUACUGCAAUUUAAACAGUCGUUUCACCGCCGUAGCUGCCGCCUCUCUCCAUCUCCCAACCUUUCAUUCACUGCCGUUGCUGCCGACUCUGUUGUUUUUCUUCAUCUACUUCGCCUCAGUGUUCAAAUCGCAGGUUGUGGCAAUGUCGAAAGAUGAUUCAAAGAGUUACAAACCUCAUCACGAGUUUAAACAAGAUGUCAAGGAAGCACUGGUUGAUCUUAACUUGACCGAAUCUAGUGAGCUUUGGCUGCUUAAAUUGCCAUUUUCUAAUGAUUUGUUAGCUGACAUUGAUGGGCAGGAAUUGUCGGUCAAACUUGAUAAGGACGGCACCUUGGCCAGCUUUGAAGGCGCGUCUGGGAAAGCGUAUGAUUUUGUCAGCUUUGCUUCCAUGGAGCCUGACGAAACAGUUUUUGUUUCCUCUGCUACAGAAUCAAAAAUCGCUGGAAAGAUUUCACGUCGUGUUUCUGUUGUCCAUUACCAUGAUCCUAAAGAACUCGAAAAGAUUAGUACAACUGAUGCAAAAAAAGCACUUCUAAAUUCUAUAGCCGCGACUCCUGGAAAUUUUUCACGCACAUCAGCAUCUAAAAGUAGCAGACUGAAGAGUUCAUUAUCUGAAUUUUCUGAACGAUCAAAUACAAAAAGAAGACCCGGUGAGAACAAAUCUAAUCGUGAAUUAGCCGGUGGUUUUAACUCUGUCGCUUCUGCAAUCUCUUCUGACCAUUCUCAUGGAGGAAAGUCAAAUGCUUCUGCAAUCUCUUCAGAUCAUUCUCAUGGAGGAAAGUCAAACGCCUCUGCAAUCUCUUCUGAUCAUUCCCAUGGAGGAAAGUCGAAGAGAAGUAAACAUAAGGAGUAAUGUUUCCUUCACUUGAUAUAUACUUUCUCACAGAUCGGUUUAAUAUAUAAAAUUAAUAGUACUUUUUAAUUUUUCCUUCACAUGGAGGAGUUUUGUUACUUCCUCUGUUUCUAUGCUUCUUUUUAAUUUUUUUUUCAUCUGGUGUAACUCAAGAUCAUUGAUUCUCAAUGUUACUAUUUUUGUGUUAA